AAUAAUUUCAGUUUCUAAACGUUUUCUUCAAAGUCAUUCAAAAUCAUUGCAAAUGACGUCACCUAAGAAAUUAAAAGUGCAAGAUGCUAAACAACUACUCGAAAUGGAUCGUGUUCUUCGUUUGCAUGAAGGGCAAAUUUGGUAUGUCAUUAGCAACACGUGGUGGAAGGAAUUUUUGAGCAAUGCCGAACUCGCAGAUGGUGAUGCUGUCAUUGAGAUGCCUCCUAUUUCCAAUAAGGACGUCGUUGAGAAAAACAGCGAGGACCAAUACGUUCUAAAGCCAAAUCUCAGUGGAAGCUUGGGCUUUGUUAGUGACGCAGUCUUUGCUAAUCUCCGGAGUGUAUUUGGAAUCGAGGAUGAAGAACGGGAUGUAAUCUCUAGAAAGGUUGUGAAAGGGAUGCUGAGAGAUGAGACCUUUAUUGAGGUCUAUCCACUCCAGAUAAAGAUUGCCAACUACAACAACAAAGAAGUCGUUUUCACUAUUGAAGUGAGCCAGGCUGCUACGAUCGACAAGAUUAGAGAAAUCGUUUUUGACCAACUCAAAAUUGAAGAACAAUACAGGAACGGCGCCCAUUUUCUUAUUGAAGAAAAGGGUAGAUAUGAUUGUUUGCCCGACACUGUUUCGUACGCCAAGCUUAGCGCUAUUCUGCAUUCUGGAGCUAUUGUUUAUGUGGAUGCUUCUGGAGCAACUUCUGAGGAGUUGGUAGCGGCUCAAAAUGGAACAACUCGGGGUGGACGAUUUUCUGAAAGAGUUGCAACUUAUCAAAAAGGCUUGUGCGGACUUCAAAAUCUUGGAAAUACUUGCUUUAUGAACAGCAACGUUCCUGAGCUAACCGAGUAUUUUAUCAAUGACGAGUACUAUGAUGAAAUUAACACUACCAAUCCACUGGGCACUCAUGGACGUUUAGUCAAAGCAUAUGCUGAACUUCUUAAGGAUAUGUGGUCUGGGUGUUCUAGUUCAUGCGUAAUUGGCGAAUUUGCUCCUCGUUUCAACGGCUAUGCUCAACAGGACUCUCAGGAAUUGACUGCCUUCUUGCUCGAUGGGCUUCACGAGGAUCUAAACCGGAUAAAGAAUAAGCCAUAUGUGGAGGAGAAGGAAAUGGAAGGCAGAGAUGAGGCUCAGGCAGCAAGAGAAGCCUGGCAAGACUACAAAAAGCGCAAUGACAGCAUUAUCGUGGAUCUUCUACAUGGUCAACUCAAGUCCACCUUGACUUGCAAUGUCUGCAGCAAAAUUAGCAUCAAGUUUGAUCCAUUCUGCUAUCUGUCAUUGCCCAUUCCUGCAAAAGAACGCCAAGUUAAAUCUACAAUAAAUUUUGUUCGCAAAGACAAAUGGGCCAAGUUUUUGUUGACGCAUACAAACAAGACGACAAUUCUUCAAUUGAAAGACGUUCUUCGUCAACAUCUCAAAAUACCUGAUCAUAUGGAGAUUGUCAUGCUUACAUACUUCAGCAGCGAUAUUUUAGAAGAUGACAAAUUAGUUGGCACAUCCUACAACAAUAUUGGCAAACAAUUUUAUGCUUAUGCUCUUGAUGGAUGUGGACCUCUUUUACUUGUUGAAAAUCGAAAACCUAACAGUUCGUUACUCGGAAAUGUUUUUCCCGUUCGACGACCAGAAAAAUUGACUAAACAAUUUGUUUUUGACUCCAUUUUGCCGCUUUGUCGAGACUACUUUUGGCGCACAGAUGCCGGAACGUCUGCAAUGGAUACUAAUGUUAAAGACAGUCCAAAACAAGGUGAAGAGCCUAUUGAAGAUGGCAUUAAACCGCAAUAUUCUCAAGUGAAUCCUGAUGAGAUUGCUUUGCAAGAACCAAAUUUAAUGCUUCAAGAAUUUCCUGAUGAUCCAGAUGAGGAAGUGCCAUUUUCUCUUCCAUAUGUUGAUGGCCCUGUUCCAAAAAUUAUGCUCACAUGGGAAGAGAAUAAGCAAUUUAGCAGCGUCAAUCCAGACGUGAGUGAAGUGGUUAACUUGGGGUCGCUAGUGGAGCGAGAAGUCAACAUUACUCAAGUUAAGAAGGCUUAUACGAUCAAGGAGUGUAUCGAUGCCUAUACAACUAAAGAGCAAUUGAGCGAGGAGGAUUCAUGGUUUUGUCCAAACUGCAAAACUCAUCAACGCGCUUUCAAAAAAUUGGAUCUCUGGUCGCUUCCCCAAAUUUUGAUUAUUCACCUCAAAAGGUUUUUGUACACACGCUACUCUCGUGAGAAAAUUGAUACUGAAAUUGAUAUCCCGGUGAAGGGUUUGGAUAUUGGGGAAAAAGUGCGCGAUCCUUCUCAAAAAGAUGAGAAAUAUGACUUGAUUGGUAUUUCAAAUCAUUCUGGAGGUUUGUGGAUUUUUUUGACUUUUGGGUCAAUCAAUUUGAUAAUUUUUUUUGAAGGUCUCGGUUCCGGCCAUUAUACAGCGCGGGCAUUAAACAACAAUACAUGGUGUGAAUUUAACGACUCAUCCGCUUAUGCCCUCAAUACACCGCCCGGCGACUCUAUUGUAUCGAAGGAAGCAUAUAUGUUGGUGUAUCGUCGUCGACAAACUAAUCAACAACAAAUAAAGCAACAAAUUCGUAAGAGUCCAAGGAUUGCUGCUGCGACUGCAGAAUGUGUCUAA